GUGAGGGGUGUGUAUUUGCUGGAGGUGUGAGUGUGAGUGAGAGGUGUGUGGAGGGUAUGAGUGUGGGCAGUUGGAUUCUGAGAUUCCUCUAGAGCUUUCCAAAUGAGAGGAUUGACUAACAUUUGGUUCUCUGAGUCUUGAGCCAUUCUUACCAUCUGUGCAUUCUUGACUCCCAAAUAGAGUUUGGGGGAGUCAAAAGUAUGGAGAUGGAGGCUGGAGAUCUGUCUUGGAGUUAAGAGCACUUGUUGCUUUCGGAAUGGACAACAGGUUCAGUUCCCAGCACCCAUGUGGUGGUUUAUAAUCUUUUGAACUCCAAUUCUAGUAGAUCUGGCGCCCUCUUCUGAUGCCCUCCAUGAGUACCAGGCAUGUACCUUUGGGUCAUGUAAACAGGCAUGCACAGAAAAUAAAAAUAUAAAUCUUUUUAAAAGCGUGUAAAUGAAUUAAGCCAGAAAGUGUAUACCUAGCUCUUGCUGAAUACAGACAUUUUCCUAGGUUCUAGGAACCGCCAAAGAAUAAGGGAGCCAGCAGGUUGGAGGAAUAGCAAGGGCACUGGGGUGGAGAGAGAGGAGGGAGUGGUGAUUUAGCAGUGGGCAAGGGCCAGACUGUGUGGUAUUCCACAGGCUGGGGGAUGACAAAGGUCUAUGGUUCAGGCUGCUGGAAAGGCAGGGAUUGGGCAAGAGGAGUGAAUCGAUGUAGGAUUUCCCCUCCAUAUGGGCUCCUGAACCAGAAAAAAAAGUCCCUUUGUACAAAGGGUGGGUGGCCGGUCAUGGAUGGGGGAAGGGCUGUGCUUGGUCCUGAGACCUCCUUACUUUGGGGGCUGGACAAUGGGGCCUUGUGAUUGGAGUUGGGGGCCAAAUAGCCCCCUCAGUGAUGAGAUUCCUUAGCCAGGAAGCAUGUGACCCUUCUUGCCACAGGAGACGGGGGAGGGGCACAACUCCCUUUGGAAGCCUUUAGAGAGAGCCUUGUACCCUGUCUGGGGCUGGAAGAGGUAGAAGUGGGUGGCUAAGGGACUGACUCUGCUUGCAGCAGCUAGGAGGGCAGCACCAACAGCUGGUUCAGCCUCAGAAGGCAGAGGAGGGAUUGCUGCCUCCCAUCCUGUGGGUGGAAGCAGCCCAGAGACCUGGCAGUUCUGUCUUGUGUUCCCUUAGAAGAGACAGCAUGGAGUUGGAGAGCAUCGUCAGUUCCGCCCUCCUUGCCUUUGUGCAGACACACCUCUCGGAGGCCGACCUCAGUGGCUUGGAUGAGGUCAUCUUCUCCUAUGUGCUGGGGGUCCUGGAGGACCUGGGCCCCUCAGGCCCCUCAGAGGAGAACUUUGAUAUGGAUGCCUUCACGGAGAUGAUGGAGGCUUAUGUGCCUGGCUUUGCCCACAUCCCCAGGGGCAUGAUAGGGGACAUGAUGCAACAGCUGUCAUCGCAGCUGAGUGACGCUAGGAACAAAGAAAACCUGCGCCCACAGAGCUCCUGUGUCCAAGGUCAGGUGCCCAUUUUUCCAGAGACCCUGAGGCAACAUGAAAAGCUCAGAGAAGAGACCAGAUCUCCUGCUGCUACUGGGGACACCCAACAUGAGGCAGCUGGUUCCGAGGAAGAACUUCUUCCGGGAGUAGAUGUCCUCUUGGAGGUAUUCCCUACCUGUUCUGUGGAGCAGGCCCAGUGGGUGUUGGCCAAAGCUCGGGGGGACUUGGAAGAAGCAGUGCAGAUGCUGGUAGAGGGCAAGGAAGAGGGGCCUCCAGGCUGGGACGGCCCGAGUCAGGACUUGCCCAGGCGCCUCAGAGGCCCCCAAAAGGAUGACCUGAAGUCCUUCAUCCUUCAGAAGUACAUGAUGGUGGACAGUGCAGAGGAUCAGAAGAUUCACAGACCCAUGGCUCCCAAGGAGGCCCCCAAGAAGCUGAUCCGAUACAUUGACAACCAAGUAGUGAGCACCAAAGGGGAGCGGUUCAAAGACGUGCGGAACCCUGAGGCUGAGGAGAUGAAGGCCACAUACAUCAACCUCAAGCCAGCCCGAAAGUACCGCUUCCACUGAGGCCCUGUCUGGACUCUGCUGAGCCUUCCAGAUCCCAGAGGGAUGCAGCCUCCUAUCCACCCCACUGCCCCUUCUCUAUUUCCUUGCUCUAGUGUUAAUCUAUUCUUGGAGCUGCCUUCAUGAGCACAGUAAAGGUGGUCCAAGGAAAGUGUAA